AUUUUAGACAGGCCUUAGACUGGAUCGAUGGUUGUGUAGAUGAAUGACGAGAGGAAUAAAUGGAACCUUAUUCUGACGUGAUAGCAAACCAGCCUGUUGUAAUAGACAACGGGUCUGGGGUAAUUAAGGCAGGUUUUGCUGGAGACCAAGUGCCAAAAUAUCAUUUUCCUAAUUUUAUCGGUCGGCCGAAACAUGUGCGAGUCAUGGCAGGAGCGUUGGAGGGGGAUGUUUUCCUGGGUCCUGAUGCGGAGGAACACCGUGGCUUGUUGACGAUACGAUACCCAAUGGAGCAUGGCAUCGUCAAGGACUGGAAUGACAUGGAGAGAAUCUGGCAGUAUAUUUAUUCUAAGGAUCAACUACAGACAUUUUCAGAAGAGCAUCCAGUGUUAUUGACAGAAGCCCCAUUGAAUCCAAGAAGAAAUAGGGAAAAAGCAGCGGAACUUUUCUUUGAAACUUUUAAUGUACCAGCCUUGUUCAUCUCCAUGCAAGCUGUACUAAGUCUAUAUGCGACAGGUAGGACAACUGGUGUGGUGUUAGAUUCCGGUGAUGGCGUCACCCAUUCUGUACCUAUCUAUGAGGGUUUCGCAAUGCCUCACAGCAUCAUGAGGUCAGACAUUGCCGGCCGUGAUGUGACUCGCUACCUGAGGCUUUUAUUGAGGAAAGAGGGGUACAACUUCCACACAUCAGCUGAGCUAGAAAUCGUCAAAACCAUUAAAGAGCGUGCAUGCUACUUAUCUAUUAAUCCUUUAAAAGAAGAGUCGAUGGAGGCAGAGAAGUCACAGUAUGCAUUACCAGAUGGCAGUACAAUAGAGGUAGGACCAGCGAGAUUUAGAGCGCCAGAGCUGCUGUUUAGACCAGACCUGAUUGGUGAGGAGUUUGAGGGUAUACACGAAGUACUGGAGUACUCUAUACGCAAAUCUGACAUGGACCUAAGGCGCACUCUCUUCUCCAACAUAGUGUUGUCUGGAGGUUCAACGCUGUUCAAAGGUUUCGGGGACCGACUGCUUAGUGAAGUGAGGAAACUUUCUCCAAAGGAUAUAAAAAUAAGGAUUUCUGCACCCCAGGAAAGAUUAUAUUCCACAUGGAUAGGCGGAUCCAUCUUAGCUUCCCUCGACACAUUUAAGAAGAUGUGGGUGUCGAAACGAGAGUACAAUGAAGAAGGAGUGAAGGCCAUUCAUAGAAAGACUUUCUAGCCCAGCCCAGCGCCAUUGUUAGUGUACGGCUUAUAACAAAUUAUCAUCGUGUACAUACCUGGUGUAUUUAUAUACAGAGCUGGAUCACAGCCAGCGGAGCAGUGAUGCCCUUACGUUUGGACCGACACCAUUCUGUUACUGUAUAACACGAAAUGUUCGUGGGUACUUGCCUUCGUGGUUUGAAGCCAUUUAGAUGGCUUUGUGGUACAAUGUUUCGUGUAUAUCCUUGUUAACAAACAGUAGACAGGUAUACCAUUCAAAUUCGUGGCAUUUAUUUGCAUGGUUUAAUAGCAAUCACGAAAACCACGAAUGUUAAUACACAACGAAGAUUUCAUGUUAUACAGUAUAUUUCAACUUUUGUUAAACAAUUAGUAUUUUACUUAAGAGAUAUAUGCUGAAACAUUAUCAACAUUAAAAAGGAAAAAUAAUUCGGAUAUUCCUAGCCUGAAUAAUCAAAAUAUACUUGGUCAACUAUUCUGGAGAAUUAAAAAUGUUUUUGUUUUAGUACAAAGUUUAAAUCUAUUCCCGAUGCUUUUGUGCAAAUGAUAAUAAGUUGCUUUUUAUAGCCUGUGCUAACUUAGUUAAAGUACUCCAUUUCAGCACUAUCUCUACACAGCUCAGUGCUUUUGGUUGAUGUCAGAAUGGUGAGGUUGGGUGUACGAGGGUCCUGGACAACUGUGAUAUGAUAGUGGGGCUCGGUGUUCUCACAAACCCCUGAGGCUGUUCUUGGAAGGCUGUUUCCUCCCCAGGGCUGUGCUGUUCCCUCGUGGGGCUCUACUAUCAAGACUAGUAGCAUCUGUACAGAUAUCUCAAGUAUUAGCUUAUGUGAUGUUUAAGUGCUGAUGUUAGUAUUGAUUUCAUGUGAAUUAUUUCAGUUGAGGGUAUCAAAAGUUUGAUUUCUGUUGACAGGUGUAAGUUAUAAAACAUUUAAUUCUGCCAUUUCAAGGUCAUAAUAACCUUGCUGUUGAUGAAAAUACAAUAACUAUGUCUAGGCUAUUGUUGGAGAUAGGUAAAGAUGAAAUAAAUCGUCCAUUAUUUGUUAAGUAUAAACUCACUUUCACCAUCAUGAUGAAGGUUUUCAUCGACACAACAGUGGGAUUUACUGUUGUACAGAGUUUUAGUAUUAAGUUUCCUCUGCAAUCCACCUGGUAGAUAAUGUUUGACAAUAGGAUGCAAGUGUAGGUGUUGUGUGAAGUUAUACACUUUGACGAGCAUAAGUCCCUGGGAGAAGUGAAACAGGCAUAACUGACAAGGUCAUAGGUCAAGGUCAUAUCUACAGUUAUGGGUACCAGAAAGUGUCAUUAAUUGCUAUCGCAGUCAUCCACGAGAUAAUACUCCUCUUACUUCUCGUUGUAUUGAUGAGAUGUUGUUGUCUGUAAUAUUAAUGCUAAAAAUCUCAGUGUGUUUUGUUCAGUAAUAUUACAUGUAUGCCAAUCUUGAAACAAUUUUAAACUGACAACCCUUCUUAAGGGUUUAGUUUGAUCCCGAUUAAGGUGGGAUUAGUCCAACUCUGAAUCACAGGGUUGAUUUAUUGUAUUUACACCAAUACAUAUGGAAAUGUACGUCUUGUGAGAUUCUGUUGAAUCAUUUGUGGAUGAAAUUGAUGAUGAUCAUAACAUUUUAAUUUUCCUAGGCAUUAUUUUCUUCAUUUUAAAUGUGUUCUCUGAGACAUACACUAUUGACUGUAUUGUAACCAAAUCUUAAUACCAUUUUUAGCUCACCUGGCACGAAGUGCCAAGUGAGCUUAUGCCGUGGCGCGGCGUCCGUCGUCCGUCCGUCCGU